GCAAAGUGCAUAUAAGAGAACCUCACUUCCUGUGUGUGUGCGCGCGCUUUUAUUUUAAUUGCUAUGUAGUUGUACCGACACGACAAUGGGGUUGUUGCGAUACACCACUCUCUAAACAGCAGAAUGCUACACAGAACAGCCAUUGGUCUGAGCAGGAAAUAUAUACACAGCCUGAAAACUGGACAGCACUUCAAAUUAACAUUAUAUAAAAGGAAAUUCCAGCUGUGUGGCAACAAAGGUUUUUUUGUGUGAGAAUAUUUCAGUUAUUGCACAGCUGUGCAGCUUAGAGGGAACAGUGAAUACUAAUGGAGAGAGGCAAAUUGAACCAAGUCACAGAUUGAAUACAGCUUGUCCCAUUCUUAUACAGACAGGAAGACCAUCAGAGAAUUUGAUGGUCAGUCCAGAUUCCUGCAUUUUGCCCAGUAUUUCUUUCUCCAACUUGGGAUGAAUCUUGGUGUAACAGUGUGAUGUCAGAUCUCACCUUGGCAACUAAAAUCUCAUCUGAAAUAUUAUCCUUCAUCCAUUGAUGUAUUUUGUAAAUCUUUUUACAGGUUAAAAUCGGCAAAGAAUUUGUGUAAAGGAAUCUGAAACACAACACGUCAGUUUUACUGUCUCUGUCCAGAUAUUUAAGAAGUGGAUCAAGGGAUUCACGCUCUCAUCCUUCCUGCUUAGACUGUGGGAAGGGAUUCACUCAGUCAUCUGACCUACUGGCAUGGCUGUCAUUUCACACAGGGGAGAAGCGAUUCAUCUGCUCAACUGUGUGAAGAGAUUCACUCAUUCCUCCUUCCUGCUCAACUGUGGGAGGGGAUUCACUUGAUCAUCUCAACUGAAGGUACAUCAGUGAGUCCACAUUGGGGCAAGGCCAUUCACCUGUUCUGUGUGUGUGAAGGGAUUCAGUUGAUCAUCCCACCUGUAGACACACCAGUCAGUUCACACUGGGGAGAGGCCAUUUACCUGCUGAAGUUGUGGGAAAGGAAAUACUCAGUCAUCUGACCUAAUGGCACACCAGCGAGUUCACAGUGGGGAGAAGCCAUUCACCUGCUCUGACUGUGGGAAGGGAUUCAGUCGGUCAUCCCAUCUACUAGCACACCAGUCUGUGCAUACAGGGGAGUGGCCAUUCACCUGUUCUGUGUGUGGGAAGGGAUUCUCUUGCUCAUAUCAGCUGAAGGUACAUCAGCGAGUUCACACAGGGGAGAGACCAUUUACCUGCUCAGACUGUGGUAAGGGAUUCAUUCAAUCAUCUGACCUACUGGGACACCAGUCAGUUCACACUGGGGAGAGGCCGUUCACCUGCUCAGAAUGCGGGAAGGGAUUCACUCGGUCAUCUCAACUGAAGGUACAUCAGCGAGUUCACACUGGGGAGAGGCCAUUCAUCUGCUCAGAUUGUGGGAAGGGCUUCACUCGAUCAUCUGACCUAAUGGCACACCAGCGAGUUCACAGUGGGGCGAGGCCAUUCACCUGCUCAGUCUGUGGGAAGGGCUUCACUCGGUCAUCCCACCUACUGGCACAUCAGUCAGUUCACACUGGGGAAUGGCCAUUUACCUGCUCAGAAUGUGGGAAGGGCUUCACUCAGUCAUGCCAACUACAGAUACACAUGUCAGUUCACACUGGAGAGAGGCCAUUCACCUGCUCAGACUGUGGGAAGGGAUUCGCUCGGUCAUCUCAACUGAAGGUACAUCAGCGAGUUCACACUGGGGAGAAGCCAUUCACCUGCUCAGAUUGUGGGAAGGGAUUCACUCGGUCAUCUCAACUGAAGGUACAUCAGCGAAUUCACACUGAGGAGAGGCUGUUCACCUGCUCAGAUUGUGGGAUGGGAUUCACUCAGUCAUCCAACCUACAGACACACCAGUCAGUUCACACUGGGGUGUGGCCGUUCACCUGCUCAGAUUGUGGGAAGGGAUUCACUCACUCAUCCAGUCGACAGAGACACCAGCGAGUUCACACUGGGGAGAGGCCGUUCAUCUGUUCUGUGUGUGAGAAGGGAUUCGCUCACUCAUUUCAACUGAAGGUACAUCAGCGAGUUCACACUGGGGAGAGGCCGUUCACCUGCUCAGAUUGUGGGAAGGGAUUCACUCAGUCAUCUCAACUGAAGGUACAUCAGCGUGUUCACACUGGGGAGAGGCCAUUCUCCUGCUCAGACUGUGGGAAGGGAUUCACUCAGUCAUCUCAACUGAAGGUACAUCAGCGAGUUCACACUGGGGAGAGGCCAUUCACCUGCUCACACUGUGGGAAGGGAUUCACACGGUCAUCCGACCUACUGGUACACCAGUCGGUUCACACCUGGGAGAGACCGUUCAACUGCUCAGACUGUGGGAAGGGAUUCACUUCAUCAUCUCACCUACUGGCACAUCAGACAGUUCACACUGGAAUAUGGCCUUUCACCUGCUCGGACUGUGGGAAGGGAUUUACUCAGUCAUCUCAACUGAAGGUACAUCAGCGAGUUCACACUGGGGAGAGGCCAUUCACCUGCUCAGAUUGUGGGAAGAGAUUCACUCAGUUAUCCCACCUACUGGCACACCAGUCAGUUCACACUGGGGAAAGGCCAUUCACCUGCUCCAAUUGUGGGAAGCAAUUCAGUCAGUCAUUUGACCUAAUGGCACACCAGCGAAUUCACAAUGGGGUGAGGCUGUUCACCUGUUCAGUCUGUGGGAAGGGAUUCACUCGGUCAUCCCACCUACUGGCACACCAGCGAGUUCACACUGGGGAGAGGCCGUUCACCUGCUCAGACUGUGGGAAGGGAUUCACUCGGUCAUCUCAGCUGAAGAUACAUCAGCGAGUUCACACUGGGGAGAGGCUGUUCACAUGUGCUGAAUGUGGGAAGGGAUUCACUCAGUCAUCCAGCCUACAGAGACACCAACGAGUUCAUACUGGAUAGAGGCAGUCACCUGUUCUGUGUAUGAGAAGGGAUUCAUUUGGCCAUACAGUCUGCAGACACACUGGUCAGCUCACACUGGGGAAAUGUUGUUCACCUGCUCAGACUGUGGGAGAGAUUCACAGAGUCAUUUCAACUGAAUGUACAUCAUUGAGUUCACACGGGAAGAGGCUGUUCACCUGCUGUGAAUGUUAGAAGGGAUUCACUUGGUCAUCUAACCUUAUGACACACUCUGGAGUCACACCGGGGAAAAGUUUCAUGCUGGAUAUAUAACCAUCACAGUUGCUGAAUCCAGAGACAAGUUUAAAAAUUGACCAUUGGUGAUGAACUCUACAAUUAUUGCUGCUGCUCAUCAAACCCAGUUCUGCACCCUGGUCACUCAGCAGGGAAGGAGUUUCUUCUGCUGAUAUUCACCUUCAAUGGGUACUCCCAAGUACUUACUGAAGCUACAACACACCCUGUGUACAGUCAGGAGUCAACUCAGCCCAGCUGGACCCUGCAGUCUUUUCCACAACAGACCUUUGAAAUCGAUCCCUGCUGUUCACCUCUCGCUCUCCCUGUGGUGAUGGAUUCCAAACAGACACCACUCUGUGGGUGAAAAGGUUUCCUUGAAUUUCCUGUCUCACUUUCUAUAGACUGAAGAAGAAAAUGAGUGGACUGCAGUUAUCUCUGAUAUGUUAUUUGUUCCUCAAAUCUCUGGGCCAAGGAAGAAUGACAUUGCUAGUUAAUGUCCUUAUUCCCUGCUCAUUUCAAAAUUAUGGGUCAUUUUCACUGCUUCUAAACAGUUGUUAGAAUACACCACUGUCUUCUAAAGUCUGACAGCAGAAUGGGGAACCAUUAGUUGGAUGGUCAGUGGAGCAGGAUCAGAAACCAGAGACUGGUCAGCACAGGGCAGAGACUGGGGCUCUGGACAGUGGUAGGGUUAAGAACAUAUGAUGAGGAAAAGUGAAUGAGUAGGGGGUGUGGCAGCAAAUUACAGAGUAGCAACAUUUGGAAGCUGAUUGGCAGAGGAAAUAAUUUGGCUAAAUGACUUAACCCAAACAAUACCUUAUAACCAUAUAACAAUUACAGCACGGAAACAGGCCAUCUCGGCCCUUCUAGUCCAUGCCGAACUCUUACCCUAUCCUAGACCCACCGACCAGCACUCAGCCCAUAACCCUCCAUUCCUUUCCUGUCCAUAUAUCUAUCCAAUUUAACUUUAAACAACAACAUAGAACCUGCCUCAACCACUUCUGCUGGAAGCUCAUUCCACACAGCUACCACUCUCUGAGUAAAGAAGUUCCCCCUCAUGUUACCCCUAAACUUUUGUCCUCUAACUCUCAACCCAUGUCCUCUUGUUUGAAUCUUCCCCACUCUCAAUGAAAAAGUCUAACCACGUCAACUCUAUCAAUCCCCCUCAUAAUUUUAAACAGCUCUAUCAAGUCUCCCCUCAACCUUCUACGCUCCAAAGAAUAAAGACCUAACUUGUUCAACCUUUCUCUGUAACUUAGGAGAUGAAACCCAGGCAACAUUUUAGUAAACCUCCUCUGUACACUCUCAAUUUUAUUGACAUCUUUCCUAUAAUUCGGUGACCAGAACUGUACACAAUACUUCAGAUUUGGUCUUACCAAUGCCUUAUACAAAUUCAACAUUACUUCCCAACUCCUAUACUCAAUGCUCUGAUUAAUAAAGGCUAGCAAACCAAAAGCUUUCUUCACCAUCCUAUCCACGUGAGAUUCCAUCUUCAGGGAACUAUGCACCAUUAUUCCUGGAUCCCUCUGUUCUACAGCAUUCUUUAAUGCCCUACCAUUUACCAUAUAUGUCCUAUUUUGAUUAGUUCUACCAAAAUGUAGCACCUCUCAUUUAUCAGCAUUAAACUCCAUCUGCCAUCUUUCAGCCCACUCUUCUAACUGGCCUAAAUCUCUCUGCAAGUUUUGAAAACCUACCUCAUCAUCCACAACAUCACCUAUCUUAGUAUCAUCUGCAUACUUACUAAUCCAAUUUACCACCCCAGCAUCCAGAUCAUUAAUAUAUAUUACAAACAACAUUGGACCUAGUACAGAUCCCUGAGGCACACCGCUGCACACCGUCCUCCAAUCUGACACACAGUUAUCCACCACUACUCUCUGGCGUCUCCCAUCUAGCCACUGCUGAAUCCAUUUUACUACUUCCUUAUUAACGCCUAAUGAUUGAACCUUGCUAACUAACCUUCCAUGUGGAUCCUUGUCAAAGGCCUUACUGAAGUCCAUAUAGACAAUAUCCACCGUUUUACCCUCAUCAACUUUCUUAGUAACCUCAUCAAAAAAUUCAAUAAGAUUUGUCAAACAUGACCUUCCACGCACAAAUCCAUGUUGACUGUUCCUAAUCAGACCCUGUCUAUCCAGAAAAUUAUAUAUACCAUCUCUAAGAAUACUUUCCAUCAACUUACCCACGACUGACAUCAAACUCACAGGCCGAUAAUUGCCAAGUUUACUCUUAGAACCCUUUUUAAACAAUAGAACCACAUGAGCAAUACGCCAGUCUUAUUGUGAGGCACUCCACUGGUCGAGGAAUGUGUGUGUUUGGAAUUGCUAUAUCUAUUAAGUAAGUUGUUCUUGAUUGUUUAUCCUGUAAUAUUAUAUCUGGACUGUUAUUAUGAAUUGUCCUAUCUGUAUUAAUGUAUUGAUCCACAUGUAAUUUGUAAGAUUCUGACUCUUAAACUGGAUCAGGUAUGAAUUUAUAGUAAGUUAUGGUGUCUUCGAGUUUAUAUUUUAAAGCAAGAUUUUGGUGAUUGAUAUAUGCCUGUGUAAGUAAUCAGAUUGAGUUAAAUUGCUGCUGGAUUCUAUACUGUGUUGGAUUGUUUCUGGUUUCUCGGCAUGUUCUGCAUUUAUCAUCUUGAAUUUGUUGGCCUUUUAAAUAUUUUUGAUUUUUUUUUAUGUUAACCACCUGGUCCUGUAUUUCCAGAAGGAAUCCCUCUGUUUCUGGGAAGAGGUCUCCAACUCUGAGCCAGGGGUUCGACACUUCCAUGUAAGCAUCUAGUCUGCUCAGAUCAUUGGGAUGUCUUCCAUGGAGCAUCAUACUCUUCCAUUGGUUAACUUCUUCUCCAGUGAUGAUUUCUACUUUUUUUUCCUGAGUUGUGCUUUCAUUUAAAUUUAGUGAUGUGUACUUUUUUUAAAAAUCAGAAUUGCAUAUGCUUGCACUGAGUGCUGAAUUAUGCUUAUUUAUGGUGAAAAUACAUACUUAGAAGUUUUAUCUGACUGUUGUGUAAAUUUUUAAUGUAUGUUAUUCCUCCUCUUCUGUCCUAGUUGGUGUGUUUUCUAAAGUUGUCAUUUCAGUUCUUACUUUUCUUCGUAAGUUUUGCAGAUCGGAAUGGGACCAAGAUAUUUUGCCUAAAGAAUGCAUCAAUGGGGGUAUAACGAAAGUGUUUAUUGCUUUUGUUAUAUUUGUUAUACUAUUGCACUCUGCUUGGAAGAUUUUCAUAAGCCUUAAAGUAAAUUUUGUCAAAAGUCUUCCCCUUUUUGCACUAUGAUCUAUUUUCUUUGCUUGUUGAUAUCCCAGAUAAAUGGGUAUCAAGAGUCCUUAUAACCAUAUAUAUAACCAUAUAACAAUUACAGCAUGGAAACAGACCAUCUUGGCCCUUCUAGUCCAUGCCGAACUCUUACCCUAUCCUAUUCCCACUGACCUGCACCCAGCCCAUAACCCUCCAUUCCUUUCCUGCCUAUAUAUCUAUCCAAUUUAACUUUAAACAACAACAUAGAACCUGCCUCAACCACUUCUGCUGGAAGCUCAUUCCAACAGCUACCACUCUCUGAGUAAAGUUCCCCCCUCAUGUUACCCCUAAACUUUUGUCCUCCAACUCUCAACCCAUGUCCUCUUGUUUGAAUCUUCCCCACUCUCAAUGGAAAAAGUCUAACCAUGUCAACUCUAUCAAUACCCCUCAUAAUUUUAAACAGCUCUAUCAAGUCUCCCCUCAACCUUCUAUGCUCCAAAGA